GAAACAAAACAAUAGAUAAUAAAAUAACCUACUUCUAAAUUCAAAUUUUGUUACUUAGUGGAGAUGAUAUUUCUUACAAAGAAAACAUAAAGGAGGAUUAUGUGUUUUUAAGCUUGUUUUUGCCACAAUAUCACCUGAAGGGUAUUUGACGGGGCCAAAGAUAAAUGACGAAGAACCUCCAGAUCGGAAACCCAAUGCUGAACCGCUGGACCACAGAAGACGCUUAGCAGCAUAUGCACAGAUAACUUUGUUGGUGUCAUAAUGUCAGAGCAGUACGCCCGUGAGAUACUGCGAAGGAAUGUUGCGCAAAUAUGCCAAACCAUAGGAUGGGAUGGAAUCAACUCUACACCAUAUGACGUUAUGGCGCACAUACUGGAGAAGUACAUCCGGACACUUGGGACACAAGCUAGCAGAUAUGCCGAACAAUUUAACAGGACUGAGCCAAAUCUACAUGACUUAGGAUUAGUGUUUCGUGAUUUACAUGUGCAGUUACCUGAACUAGUGGAAUAUACACGCAGUGUUCCGCCUGUGCCAUCGCCAGUCCAUAUUGAAAAUUUCCCAAAACCAAAAGAAUCUUAUCUUAACUUCUUGAAUCCUGGCAGCCAUGAAGUUGUUACAAGGCCCACGCAUGUGCACGAACAUCUGCCUCCAAUGUAUCCUGAAAAAGAAAGAGAUACACCUGCAGUUGCAGGUACAGUUGAAAUUCGCGAGAAUGGCAUUGAUAAUGUUGAUACUAAUAAUGCAACAUCUACAUCAGCAUCGACAUCAACAAGUCCAGAAAUAUCUGUAACUGAAAGCCCUGAGAAACCGAUAGAUUUGUUCAAACGACCAACUGAUCCUGUUUCACUACCAAACAGCAAAAGGCAGAGGUUACGAUUAUACGAGGAAGAAAGGACGAGAGAAAUCAGCAGUGUCAUGAUGACUAUGUCUGGUUUUCUGUUACCUGCUCGAGAAGGCAAAUUGCCAGAAGCUCAACCUCCAACUAUAAUAACAGAAAAAAAUUCUGAACAACAUAAAACCAAUUCACAUCAUUCUAAUCCUGCUAAAGCACCAGUUUUAGAGAAAAGUGAUAAGAAAUUUAAAAAUAAUAAGUUAUUGAAUGGCAAGAUUAUGAAAAGUAAAAGGAAAGAUAACAGCCACAAAGGCGAAAGUAGUAAAUCUAAAGAUAGUAGCAAAUCUAGCAAACAUCCUCCUGAAUAUCUGGCAAAAUCUAAGGAUCACACAGCUAACCCAUUGUUACCAAAUGUGUCCCCAACACCUUCAAAUACAGCAAUGCCCCCUCCACCAGCUUCUACAGUAACAGAACCUGCUAGACCAGUCAUUAAACAGGGACCUCUUGAUCCACCACUGCAAGUUGCAAAAAACUUGGUUCCUGGUGAAGAAGCUAUUCCUGUACCAAGGAAAAUACCAGUCUCAAAAUCUUCAUUGGUUUCUAAUCCUUCGCCAGUGAAUAAAUUUUCACCAAGUUCUCUGAUAUUAGAAACAGAAAAUAAACAAGAAAUAACUGAUGAAGAAGAAAAAUUGGCUUCUCAGCCUGAUAGAUCAAAGAUAAAUAUAUUCAAACGGAUAUCGAACAAAUCCAAAGAAGAGAAAAGUUCUCCAGAGGUUGUCUCAGAAAAGGUACAGUCUGAUUCUAUGAUCUCAAAGGUACAGAACUCGACACCAGAUAUGUCGAGUGAAACUAAAACAAAUGAAAAUGUUAGAAUAAAACCAGAAGAGACAGUUGUUAAUAAUAAUGAUACUAGUGCUGUAGAUUUGUCCAAGGAAAUGAAUUUGAGAGCUCAUGAGGUUAUCAGCAUUGAUGACGACUCCAUGGAUACCUAUUCUCACCUACAAGCUAAACCAGAGAUUGUAGACCAUCCAAGUAUAUCAGUUAAUAAAUCAUUGCAAUUACCAUAUUCCAAAGAUGUUGCUAGUGUCAGUCCAAAAAUUAAAAAAGAAAAGAAACAUAAAGAUAAAAAAGAUAAAGCUGCAAAAUUGGAGGCAAAAUUGCUCAAAAAACAACAACAGCAACUUGCUUAUGAAAUGGCACAAGCUGAAAAACCAAGUCCAAAACCAACAAAAACAAGUAGGCCAAAGAAUGAAUCUAAGGUGCCCCAAAUGCCACCUGGAUUCCCAUUUUUCCCUGAAAUGCCUUCAGGCAGAAACUUAAUGCCUGGCCCUGGAUUAAUACCAAAUCCUGAUCUUAUACCUGGCAGUGAAUUCCUUGCAGGUUUAGUUAAUAAUCCAGCAUUAAGAGGUCUACCAUCUUCUAGUUUACUUUCAAAUCCAUUUUCAUUGGCUGCAGGUGGUCCUGGAUUAAUUCCUGGGUCCAGUUUUUUGCCUGGGAACCUAGGAGCUGGUAUUCCCAAUCCAAAUAUUCUACAAAAACAUAAGUCCAAAUCUCAUAAGGACCAUAAGUCCAGUACAACAAUUGAAUUAAAUCCUCCUAAAUUGGAACCUGUUAGACAGGAACAACCGAGAGAGCCACCUAUACCAAUACGAUCCCCCACUCCCGAACCUGUCGAACCUCAGCUGAAACCUAUACUGGCCUCAGAACCUAUUGAUAUGCCUGCACCGGCACAAGUGCCACAAGAGAAAGUACAUGAACAUCCAGAAAAGAAAAAAGAUAAGUCACACAAAAAAGAUAAAAAAGAUAAAGAUGGUAUCACAGUUAAAAAGAAGAAAGUAAAGAAGGACAAAAAUAAAGAUAAGUCUGAAAAGAAACGUGUUAAGGAAGAUAAAAUCGAGAUGAAAGAGAUAAAAGAAAAAAAGAAAAAAAUUAAGUCUGGUGAUGUUUUGGUCCCCAAACUGAUAUUAAAGCUGGGCUCAUCAAACUCGAAUUCACCUAUGCCUCCUAGCUCGCCUGAUGUAUUUAAGUUAAAUAUAAAACCAGUAGUUAAGAAGGAGGAAGAAGAAAGCUCACCUAUGAAAGAUGAACCACUGUCUCGUGAACACACUCGCUCACCAGAACUUGCGCAAAUAUCCGCUCUCGUGACUAGGCCACCAAAGCGAAAACAUUUGAAACAAAAUCAUAUUACAGAAACUGAGACUCAGUCAUUCUCACCUCCCACAGAAAGUUCUCCGCCGCGAAAAAAUCGCCGUCCUUCUAGCCAUUCCAAGUACAAGAGGAUACUAAUUAAGCCCUUAUCAAAAAAAGAACACUUUGAGGAUGAUAUGGCUUCAAUGUCUGAUGAACCGGCUGCUUCACAGCCUAUUCCAACUACAGAUAAGCCGAUUGGGCCCCUUCCGACUCCUUAUUACAUGGACGAACAUGGAAAUAAAAUUUGGGUAUGCCCGGCUUGUGGCAGACCCGAUAAUGGCUCGCCAAUGAUCGGUUGCGACGGUUGCGAUGGAUGGUACCACUUUGUAUGCGUCGGUAUAACGGAAGAGCCAGGCGCGUCGGAGGACUGGUUCUGCAAGUCGUGUCUCGCUAAGCACACUGCUAUGGUGCUGACGGGAGUAACAACUUCUGGAAAGAAGCGGGGCAGGAAACCUAAACGGGAAAAAGUCAGAGACUGAUAAAUGGACCUUUCGUUGUUACUGAGAUUAGUUGUAAUUUUCUGAUAAGAUUAUGAUACGAGUAAAUGGGAUGAGACUUGUUAAAGGAUUAAUUGUUGAAUGAUAUCAUGAAGAAAAUGUUUUCAUCAUUUAUAAUGUUAUAUCAUAGGCUACAAGUUAAGUUUAGAUGAUAAUUAUGAAUAUUAACAUAAAAUGUUGAACAUAACGUAGUUACUAAAUGUAAUAAUUAGCAUACUUUUUAGUAUUUUGUUACAACUUGUCUUACUUUCUCUUUCACUCGAAUAGAUCAAGAAUUUGUGACACUCGCAUAUAAACAUAGAGAAUAAUAUAAGUUUUUUUUUUUAUAUUGUACAAAAAUUUAACUUUAGAAAUCGAUGAUGUAUAAAAGUGUAGUGAUUAUUUAAAUCUUUCAGUUUGAAAGAUAGCUGUAUUUUCAACUAAUACAGUUUGUUAGUGACAUCGUAACGAAAACUUUGAGGGAUGAUUCAGACCAUGAUUCUGAGUUGAUAUCAAGUGGAAUUUUCCGUCGCAAAAGUAUAGAACUGAAAAUAAUUUAAAAAGACACAAAUAUUUUCAUGAAUUUUCCGAUACGAAAUUCCACUUGAUAUCAACUCAGAAUCAUGGUCUGAACCAUUCCCAUCAGUAUUCGUUACGGUGUCAUUAACACCCAUACCUACUUGUAUGGCUAUGUGUAUGUACUCGUAUGGGGUGUAAGUGACAUCGUAACGAAUACUGAGAGGGAUGAUUCAGCUCAUUAUUCUGAGUUAAUAUCAAGUGGAAUUUUCCAUCGCAAAAGUAUAAAAUUGAAAAUAAUUUAAAAAGACUAAUAAAAUAUCAUGAAUUUUGCGACGGAAAAUUCCACUUGAUAUUAACUCAGAAUCAUGGUCUGAAUCAUCCCCCUCAGUAUUCGUUAUGAUGUCACUUACACCUUGUAUAUGGGCUGACUUGGUUCAUUGGUUAUCGUCGAAUCCGAGCAUUGAAACCAGCAAUGUACCUACCUAUACCUAUUUAUUAUUUUGAGUGCCUUUAAUAAUGUUCAACUGUUUGAUUUCUAAAAUAUAAAGUGUAAAAUCCAGCAUUUAACAUAACUACAUAAUCAAAUAAGUUGUAACUC